UAUAUAUAUAUAUAUAUACAUAUAUGAGUCUGAGGCAUGAGAGACUAUCAUCAUAGAUGAUAAUGGAGAUAAUGUUCAGCUCACCUUCUGUUUACUGCGUUUCUGCGAUUGUUCUUGUUCUGGUAAUAUGCUCAUGGAGAGUGUUCGAUUGGCUGUGGUUGCGACCCAAGAAAUUAGAGAAGCGACUCAGAGAACAAGGGCUCAGUGGAAACUCUUACAGGCUGUUGUUUGGAGACCUCAAAGAGAUGGCCACAAUGUUCAAAGAAGCUAAAUCCAAGCCCAUCAAUCUGUCGGAUGAUAUGGUGCCGCGUGUCUCGCCCUUCAUCCACAAGGCCAUAACGAACAACGGUAAAAUUUCUUUUAUGUGGUUUGGGCCAACACCUAUGGUAUUGAUCAUGAACUCUGAACUUAUAAGAGAGGUUUUGUCUAAGAAUUAUGACUUUCUGAAGCCAAGGGUUAAUCCACUAGUCAGGUUACUCGCAAAUGGACUUGUAAGCUACGAGCAUGAUAAAUGGGCAAAACACAGAAAAUUGAUCAAUCCUGCUUUCCAUCUAGAGAAGUUGAAGCAUAUGGUACCAGCCUUUCAUAUGAGUUGCACUGAGAUGAUAAUCAAAUGGGGGCAUAUUGUCUCCGUAGGGGGGUCAUGUGAGUUGGACGUAUGGCCUUAUCUUCAAAGUUUGACAAGCGAUGCAAUUUCACGUACGGCAUUUGGCAGUAGCUAUGAAGAAGGAAGAAGAAUAUUUGAAUUUCAGAAACAACAAGCUGAGCUUGUUAUGCAGGCUGCACAGUCAAUAUACAUUCCAGGAUCAAGGUUUCUGCCUACUAAAAGGGCCAGAAGAAUGAAGAAACUUGACAAAGUAAUACAAGCUUCAAUUCGGACUAUCAUUGAUAAAAGAGUGACAGCAAUCAAGGCAGGGGAAACUAGUAAUGACGACUUAUUGGGUAUAUUGUUGGAAUCCAACUUCAAAGAAAUUCAACAGCAUAACAACGCAAAUUUCGGAAUGAGCAUACAGGAGGUCAUUGAAGAGUGCAAGCUAUUUUACUUUGCUGGCCAGGAGACAACCUCUUCUUUACUUGUAUGGACGAUGGUGUUGUUGGGUAGGCAUCUUAACUGGCAAGAGCGUGCUAGAGAAGAAGUCUUACAAGUCUUUGGCAAUGACAAACCAAAUUUGGAUGGAUUGAAUCACCUUAAAAUCGUAAGUAUUUCAUUAAACGAACAGAGUUUUGAUCAAAUUUAGUCAAGUUGAUUCAAAGCUGCAAUAGAUAACGUGUCUUUCAAUUUAAUAGAUUCUCAUUUGAACGUAUGCUCUGUUCAGAACUCCAAUACGGUUGGCAGGGUCACAGGUAUCAAACUAGAAAAAGCAUUGUUGUUGACCAGACACGAUUGUCAAGUUAAUUGAAUUGCCAAACCAUGCCUUUAUACUUAUUUAUUUAUCACACUAGGGAUUGAGUACACAUUGGGUCCAUUCUUUAAGGCAUUGUCCAGCUUACAAGGUAGACCCGCAUUGAGGUUUCAAUCAGGUUUACCUUAACCCAACCCCAGCUCAUCUCAUUAUCACACAUAGGUGUCGACUUUGGUUUUAGUUUAAUGAAUACUAAACUAAUCAGUGAAAUCUAGAUGAAUACACAACAUGAAAAGUGUCUUUUUGUGAAGUUUCAUUUCUUUAGAAAGAUCAUUUUUCUUCCUUGAGGAAAGGAAUCCAAAAGAAAAUGGUACAAGUUUUUUUGCCAUUAUUUGUAUUUUGGGCCGCAAAUGAUGCUAUAUUUACAUGUGAUCCACUUUUUAUGCUUGACUGUCUUUAUUUCCGAUGAUGUACAACUUGCCUGAAAAUUGUUGCUCAUUUACCUACAACUCUUCCAAUGUAUUUCACAGGUAAACAUGAUUUUGUACGAAGUUCUAAGGUUAUAUCCCCCGAUAGUUGGCCUUGGUCGGACUAUUUUUGAGGACACAAAAGUAGGAGAUAUAUGCCUUCCAGCAGGUGUGCGAUUCUCAUUACCAGUACUCCUAUUGCAUCAUGACCAUGAAUUAUGGGGUAGCGAUGUGGAGGAAUUCAAACCAGAGAGAUUUGCCGAAGGAGUGUCAAAGGCAUCUAAAGGGCAAGUCUCCUUUUUCCCAUUCGGCUGGGGUCCUCGGAUUUGCAUUGGACAAAACUUUGCAAUGUUAGAAGCAAAAAUGGCACUGACUAUGAUUCUACAAAGCUACUCCUUUGAGCUUUCACCAUCCUAUGCACAUGCUCCUCAUACUAUCCUCACUCUUCAACCUCAACAUGGUGCUCA